AAACUCGUAAGGGAUUAAGAUUGGUUGUAUUUCAUAGAGCAACAUAAGGACGGUCCCACGCUGAACCAAGUUACAAAAUAAUUGGACACUUAACUGCCCUGCAAGGUAAAGUUUUCCGCCGUGUUAGUACCAGCUGGAUAAGUAAGUUUUUUAGUAAACUGAGUCCGGGUUACCGUUGUUUGAGGCAUAUAAGAACAUUUUGAAAAGAGAUUAAUUAAGAUCUAUACCGAUCACGAGCCGAUGAGAAAUUAUAACCAAAAAUGUAAAGAGUAUAUCUAGUGCAUCGGACUCACAUUUUUAGCGAUGGCUUAUUGUAUUAAGAUAUUACUUUCAAUGCCCAGAGUUUUUAAUAGCUUAAUGAUGAUAUGAGUCACAACUUGUUAUCAAGGGUUCGCCAAUACCACCGACUAGUUAGAUCAAAUUCAUGCCCCUGUAUCAGACACGUUUCGGAGUGAUUAGGAUUAUUUUGAUUCCAGGCCGGAGUAAAACUCAGAUUCUUGAAAUACCAGAGGCCGGACCUUCUCGUCGAGUUAAGCACCGGAAGCUGAGGGGUGAAAAAUGAUCCUUCUUUGGCGGGAGCGUAAGUAACUACUGUCAGUAAAGAGACUGUGUGUAUGGAUAUUACAUUUCAGGUUGCGUUCACACUAUUCCGGAGAGCUUUUCGUGCUCACACGAAAAGCUAUCUGACCUAUAGUAUGAAAAAAUAUCCGAUAUGUGACUCUCCACUUUAGAGAUCGGCGCGGUGCGGCUUCGCUCCGUUACUGAAAUCGCAGUGAAAUCACCGUUCCUAUGUGCGAACAUAAGCCCUCGAUCAAAAGCUAGUGUAAACAUUGCCUCGGGGACAUCUGUUCUUGCCUUACGUUAGAGCGAUUUUCGUAUGACCUUGAAAAAUGGUGUCGGUAAGUGUUCGCCUGAUUUGUUUUAUUAGCCAGUGAAUUAAACGAUCAAAACAUGGCCUCUUCGUUUUCCUGCAAAUUUGAAGAAGGCAUUGUUCGAUUGGCCAAUCGUGUUGCUGUAAGACGUCAAAGCGAAGUAUCGGUUGAUUUUUAGAAAGUUCUCGGGCAUCAAGUUUUUUCACCUGAGCGAUCGCUUAACCAACCAAAAUACACGGGCGUUUGUAUCCGUUUGAUAAAGCAAUUAAAUCGCUGUAUUUCCGUUCGUUCGUUGUUUCUGUUUUGUUCGCGCGUUUUCAUUUCAAGGUCAUACGAAAAUCACUCUACUGCAGAAGCAUCAUAUUGGCCUUUCUCUGCGAGUGCGAAAACGAAACAGUCUAUUUUAAGAAUAUCCUAGCAAUGUAGUCAUAAAGUUUCAUUCAGUUGCCUAAUUGAGACUGAAUCUCAGUUUGAGGUAUCUUAAGAAAGCGUUUAGUAAUAUAUAAUAUAUUAAGUAAAGAGGAGUAACAAUAUCUCCCUCCGAGCCAUCUGUCAAACGGCAAACGCUAAUUUGUACCACGUGACCACGUUUCUCCUUUGCUUGUCGUUUACUGUUCAUUAUUCAGUUUCUACGCAUAAAUUAGUAUUUUCACGCAAUUUUUAUCCAUACGAAUUGUUUUGAGCUGUUUUUAUCUCCUCAUUUUCUAUUUUGUCCGAGAAAUUCUCAACUUGUACCUGACGUUUGCCUUUUGCCCUAUACGUAAAGGUUAAGCUCUCUAAAGCCUUUCCAUAAUCGGGCUGUGAUUAGUAAAAGGUGUAGGAUCAAAUGAUAACAAGGAAAUUAGGAUAUGAUUUUCGCCUACGGUUUGUCAAAAUUCUAAUUAUAGUUGCCCGAGCAAUUUGAAUAAAAAGCGAGUGAAAUUACUUUCUUAUUUUACAAACAAACCAUUUGAUUACUUGAUUAUAGCAUGGGUGCAGAAUUCUCAUUCAAUACCGAGUUUUAACGUAAAGUUAGUCAUUUCCUGAAUUUUCCGGUUAAGCACCCUGGGUUUAUUAAACUGCUUUUUAUUCAUUUAUUUAUUUAUUUAUUUGUUCGUGCCGGGAUAUCGUCAUUUGUAACAUCUUUAAACUGGCAAUGAGAUAUAGGCAACGUUGACAAGGGAUUUUUAAUUUCACACGUGGUAGAAUUUAAUUAAUAAUUUGUUAUUGAUGAUAUUCAGAGUGCUGCAGGUCUUGGCUGAAACGGUAGCUGCGCCAUAUUGGCCUUCUUAGUCUAAUUACACUUCCCGCCAAGAAUCACUGCUUUCACGCUCUAAAUUGUGACUUUUAGGAAUGGGGUGUCGAGUUCUUAGAAUCAUCAAUCAACGUUCCAUCAAAAAAGCCAUCUUCUUUGGGAUUGUUAUAACAACCGUUUAUAUUACUUGGACAGUAUACACCUUGACGGGGUGCAAGACACCUUUUUUUGAAAACCCCGAACAUGAUGACAUACGACACUUUCAGCAGCAGUGGUGCAUAAUGCAAGGAUGGCGGGUAGACUGGGAGACAGUGGUUAAACCGUGUGUCGGAAAAGUAGCCUGGGACGAGCGUAAAGUAAACUCCGAAUGGAGGACUGAUGCGUAUAACAGUUUUAUUAAGAAAUGGGAAAUACAACCUGCAGGUAAAUAACAGAUACAAAUUCCUGAACCUUGAUUUUUGUAACAUUUUUCUAUAAACACCAGGUAUUGAAAAGAAAGUUGAAUUAAAUAGCCCCCCCCCCCCCCCCCCCCCCCCCGCUAGCCCCCCCCCCCCCCCCUGCGGUUAGUCAUUUAAGCAUCUAUUUGUAAAAUAAUGAAUUAGGAGUUAAAAGACGCCUAUUAACAGAGGAUGGAACCUUUAUUAAAUAAACGCUAGGCACGAAGAAAUUGUAGUUUUUUUGAAGCAAAAUGUGGGUCCUCCAAGCCAAAUUGUAAAUUAACGUCGCUAUCGUUCAAUCAGCCAUUUGCUCGUGGAUGACGUCAUUUUACUACUUCUUCCAGAACCCUUUGGGGUUUUUGUUUUCUUGUGUAUAUUUUAUUCAAAGACCUGGGGAUUAGGAACUUUAAAUAUAAAAAGAAAAACGAAAUGGAUUCUGAUCGUGUUAGUGAAAUGAUAAAUUUACACGGUCUAUUAAGAAAAUACUGCACAGGGUAGUGAAUAUAAAUUAUACACCCGCUUUGUGUUAGUUUCAACACAAAGAUCAUUUCUUGCUAGGACGAUUGAAUCCUCUUCUCCGAAAAAUUUUAGUAUUUCUUUUCAGUUCUUUGUAGAUACAGUUGUAAACUUAGGCGACAACGUCAAUUGUUAAUGCUUUGUUUGUGGUAGUGGAAGUGCACUAUAGCUACACCAGCUACUUACAGGUACUCCACUCAUAUAAUUUCAAAGAAAUAAUGCAAAUAUUGAAAAAUAUAACAGGAUUAAAAAUAACCCAAAUAGCAAGAGGCAUUCAGAUAGCUAUUUUAAAAUUUUGACUAAGAAUUUGAAGUUGGGACGACCGAAAAAUGAAAUCCUGUUAGUGGAUAGUGGAAUCAAACUCGGGACCACUGGAUUGCGAGUUCUACGCGCUGACCACUCGGCCACACUGAUUUAGUUCUAAAUGUAAGAGUAAAUUUAACAUUGCAUUCAUUUUGAACAAUGAAUAUUUCUUUACAGGAUAUUUUCUUUAUCAUUUAGGUCAGUUUAGUCGUUUCUUCAUUCAGUCUGUUACAAAAGAAGGCAUUCAUAAGAAUUUUGGUGGCGAUGCGUGGCGAGUGUACAUAAGAGAAGGCCCAGCAUCCCUUGCGCCACAAGUGUUGGACCAUGACGACGGGGUAUAUGAGGUGGUAUUCUUAGUGAUGGAACCUGGUAAUUACUCUGCCCAGAUUACCUUAGAUUUCACCCUCUGCGACGGUCUUCGUGAUCCACCAGAGGACUGGAUCAUACAAGGUGUGGAGCUAAAAAAAAUUGUUUAAUAACAUUGCAUUUUUGCAGAGUUUAAGGUAGCUGAUGCAGUGAAAAUUUACUCUCCCUGCUAAAAUGCUUUCCACUUCACUUAGUGAGUCUUUGCAGCACCAUUUUGGGGACAGCAAUGUAUGUUUUUACCUCAGAUUGCCCUUACAGCCCUCAAAAGAUAAACAGUAAAAAGGGCUAUUAUCUAAUAUAAGGUUUUAGCCAGAGCUAAAAGCGAAGCCUCCGUUUGCAUACUUAAAAAAAGCAAUUAACUUUAAACUAAAAAAACUCUACUGGCCACCAGAAAGAAAUGUUCAAAUCCCUAUUUAACCUUAUGAGCCUUAGGCAUCAGUUUACCUUUCGAGGGAGGGGUUGGGUGAUUACGAAAAAAAAUCCAGCAAACGCACCUGAAAUGAAAAAAUUCUCCAAGCUAGCUAAAAGUCAGAAGGCAUUAAGUGCGAUCAGAGUAGUAGAAUUCUUCCAGACUACAUCAUUUAACCCACACCCCUUUGCAAAGUUAUAGGUCUCUUCAGGAGCAGCAAUUUGCAGGUUGCGAUUUCUAGGGUGAGAAUUUCUGUCUUAAGGGAGGAACUAAAAGAAAAAUCAAGCCGACAUCUGUGCUCCCUUAAGCUCAUGAUGUGUUUUCUUAUCGGGCCCGGACGAACAGAUAUGUGUAGCUUUUACAUUUAUACCUCACAGUAUCUGAGAGAAUUUUUUUCCACAUUAAGGUAUUGUUUGUUUUCUUUGGGGACAUACCUAGGACAGCAAAUAACUCAUUUAACCUUUAUCGCUAUUUAUUCUUUAACCUACACAAAAUGUGCGGUACGUGUUCAGGUGUUGUGCUGUGCAUUCACUGAGAAACGUGCGAUAGACUUAUUUACAAACUAUAAUAGGCUACAAAUUAAAAGUGAUACAAAAACUCUUGAAAACUUUAAACCUUUUUUUCCAAAAAGGCGAACUCGGGAGUGAAAAACCGACAAGUCUGUUUGUUAGAAGAAAGGAGAACUCUUUUAUAUUUUAGAUACUUUUUUCCAUUCAACCGCUACAGGGCUCGAAUUAUGGGGAGAGGGGGCGGGGGGAGAAGCACACCUUAUGGCAAGUAAUGAAUACGAUCAUCAAUAACAAUUCAAUGGAACAUUUACAAUAACAACAAUUCAGUUUUAUUCAAGAAAGAAGAGUAGUCCGUCUGACUUGUUUCUUAAAAUGUUUUCAAAGUUUUGUUUUCCUUGAGUCUGUUUUUCUUUUUUCAUCAGCCGCCGACUUCGCUCGCGUAAUUGAAUGGCGAACACUAGAAAACAUGUUUAUAAGCUUGAGCAUGUAUAAGGCCAUACCUGAAAUUUCUUCAAAAACUUCGCUGUCUUGGUUGUAUUUCAAAACAGGCAAAGCGCUCCGUCUUGAAGAAAACAAUGAGGUUGAAUUCCUAGAAGGACAAUUUCUUAAUGACAUGCUUUCGUUUGUUCACAAAAAGGAAACUGAGCAUCUUUUCAACUUUACCUUUCCAUUUGUGUCUUUUAACGGUGUAUUUUCAACCUUAAAAUGCAAAACUUUGGUAUUGAAAACCACCGCAUGGUGAACGCGCACAAGCAAUUUUCUUGAAAGUGGAUAUCCUAACUAAGGUGUCAAAUCCUUUUUCACUACCUCCUAAAAACCACCAUAGAUAUACUAAGUAGAAAGUUGUAAAGCCUUUAGAAACAAUAGGGACAAUAACUCUCUAGGGGAGGAGGGUUGAAAUUCGUGUCCACUUAUUCCCUCCCUGCCAGUGCGUACGUGCGGACGGGUGGACGGGCGGGCGCAAUGGCGGACGUCACUGACAUCAUAACCAAAGUUUCUUGCAUCGAUAGUUUUUCAUUUUCUAAUAGUAAUAUUCUAAAACUAAUAUUCAGCAUAAAACAUUUAUUAAAACAGUAAUUUAACAAAUUAUUCAUUUUUUUAAAUCACUUAACAAAAAGGGACAAAUCAAGCGAAACACCACAAAGAUGGGAUCCUGGGAUACAUUGGCGAUGACUACAUACUAGAACCGAUUGGAGGACAAAGCGUCGUUGCAUUUUACGUCCCAGAAAACACACAUAACACUCAGAAGUAUAUUUCAGGUAACAGACUAUCUUGUCGUAAGAUAAGAACUUGUUUCAUGAGCCCAAUACCUUCAAUUAGGACAGAGUCAGGAAAAACUAAGCGGAUUAUUUCAGUUUGAAUCAGCUCAACAAUUCCUCCCGCGCCCUAGCUUAGUUAUUUCGACUUUGGAAUGCCGAUCUUUUGCCAUAGUGGCAAUCCUAAUGUAUAUCAACUACAGUAUAUUUGCCUCUAUUACUUUCGACCAAGUCAAAGAUCGGCCUUCACUCGAGUUCAUGAAAGAGGCGGAACCGAAACCAAUAAGAAAAGUGGCAGCGAAGGAAACAUCAAGCCAUUCUAGCUUGCUUUCUCCGCAGUCGGAAUAUUUGAAUGCGUUAAUCCGUAAAAGAUAGGAUUUUCACGUAAACAUAACUCCUCCGCAUAAGAUAAGAAACCACAGUUAUCUGAUUAUUUUUAGGCAAUUAACAUGGCUUUUUUUACCAAAUCUUCUCAGUUGUUAAAGCAUCAACUUGUGGAAUAACUUGCAACCUGUUACAGAACGGGUUCGGCAGAUGGGUCAACGGUGUGUGGCAGCCAUUUAUAGGUUUGUACUCUAUUGUUAGGUAAAUACAUGAUUUCUUUUGAUAAUUGACUUCGUUUGAAAAUAGUCAUCACAAUUUUAAUGUUAUCAAAAUGCGUUAAAAUAGCUUGGGUACAACCAAGGCCUCACUAUCAACAGGAACAAAAUCGGGGAGUCCAGGCUACGUUUUGUAUGUCCGAGACAAAUCGAGUGCCACAAAGGGGUUUUUGGGUCACUUUUCCAGUGUUAUGAGAAUAAUGAUAAACCAAUCUUUAUUUAAGUAUGAGGACAAUCAGUAAUAUUUAAAAUUUUAAAUUAUAUCGUAUUGUUUACAAAUUAAAAACUAAAUAUAUGUCCACGAUAGAAAACUAUUUACAAUUGUGAAUAAUUUAAAAGUGGGAAAAGGAAAAUCAAGCAUUACUAAGAAAAAAAAUUAUCAAAAAUCUAGGCCUAUAAAAUUAUGAGUGCAGAUGUAGACCAGCUACAGCGAAAGUGAAGUCUUCUGAGACCUCAUGUGAUUUGAAUGGAUAUCUAGAACCUCUGACGCAUCUGUGUACAUUUUGUAAUAUAGCAAAUGAGAGCUGUAUUCGAAGCCAGGAAAUAACGCUGGCGUAAGGUUCAUUGUUCUUAGUCGAAAGCUUAUUUGCGAGAGUUCUUAAAACGUUCUGACAGUCGAGUCCCAUGCCCCCGUUUGUACCAAACACCAGUGGUGUAAAAGUUCCCAUCUCUACAUCCAUCACUCUCUGGUUGUAUUUCCUCUUCUUCUCGUUUUCUUGCUUUUUGAAGAUCGUAGCUGUGUACUUGCCCUGGUUGGACCGGGAGAUAACAUGCGUUACACAUACGUCAAAGAAUGCCGUUACUCCUGGUGUGACUUGUUAGUGACUCCUGAGUGACUGGUGUUAUGAGUCAAUCUAUUUACGCCACAUGACGUCACAGACAGAAAUCACCUGUCAAAUCGGACCGCUUGUUUAAGCGGCACUUUUUAGGGAUAAUUCGCGUGUUUUGAAGACGGAAACGAUAGGUUUUGCAAGACUUUUAACGAGUUUAAUUUUUGUGCAUACUGAGGAACUGAUUAUAUUAUCUUUAUUAUUAUUAUUAUUAUCAUUAUUAUCAUUAUUAUUAUUAUUAUUAUUAUUAUUAUUAUUAUUAUAGUAUAUUUGCUGCUGUCAAUAAAAUUUUUUCUCCAUUUAAAACAAAUUUAUUAUUAUUAUUAUUAUUAUUAUUAUUAUUAUUAUCACUAUUAUUAUUACGAACUAUCUUUUUUUACUUUAAGUCCUCUUAGUUUUUCUUUAUUCUUAUUUUUAAUUUUUUAUUAUUGCUUAACAGCUUAAGACAAGGCAAAGAAAAUAACGCUAGGUCCAUGCGAGUAAAGCGCCGUGCAAUCAGAAUACACAGAAAAUUACACAUGUACAUACACGUACAAGCUUAAUUUUGCCUUGUGUCAUUCAACCCGCACUUUUGAUAAAAAUCAUUCGUGCGAUUUCAAAAUCGGACAACGGCACUGCGCGAGGUCGAUUUGAAAUAACAAAAUCGGGGAGUCCAGGCUACGUUAUGUAUGUCCGGGAUAAAUCGAGUGAACAGACACUUGCUAGACCUCAGAAAUAUUAGAAGUAUGUAGCACCUCUCUAUUCAUCGUCAUCACCCCUAUUGACGUAGGUUCAUUUCAUUUCUCUCUCUGGAGUCCCAGACACGACUCCAGGAAACAAGACUCUGCAAGUCAUAUUGAAGAAUGAAGCUGCUUUAUUUUGGCAGAUAACUCUCCAACAACAGCAGAGGCGCUGGACAAUCCCUUCACAAAAGCAGAUGCUCUUUGUAUCUAUGGUGAUUCAAUAGCUCGGUAUUUCUUUAGAUCUCUGAUAUCGCGUGGAAUUUGUGAAAGGUUCUUUAAAAAGUGCAUUGAAGCAUACAUGAAGAUAAACCAGGUAUGGAACAAAAAUUCUUAUACCAAAAAAAAGGAUUGGUUAUAAGCCGGCCCGCCCGCCUUUAAGCCUCCCUCCUAAGCCCGUCUACUUGUAAAAGAAAUGUUAUUCCGGUUAUAAACCCUCCUCCCAGUUAUUAAAAAAGAUAAGUUAUCAACCUUCCUGGGUCUUUUCGCCAGAGGAAACAAAAAGCAUAACUUACAGUAAAGGUUACUGAGUACAGUCAACUCCCUCUAAGACGGACACCUUUGGGACCGGCAGUAAGUGUCCGUCUUAGAGAGAUGUCCGUCUUAUAGAGAAUCAAAUAAAGGGAGUAAAGAAAGGCAGGGACCAACUUUAGGGAGGUGUCCGUCUUAUAGAGGUGUCCGUUAAGAGAGAGUCGACUGUAUCAGAUAUUUUGAUAAGGGUAGUUUUAACACGUAACGGUCGGUCCGAUUUUGCAAAGCCAAGGAAGCUUAUUCUAAACACAAAAAUCGGCCUAGUUUACCAUUUGGGUAGAAUCCUUUUUGGACGGAAAGAUUGACCUAUAAACAAAAAGUGUGAACUGCACCCAGCCAAAGAGUUUCGUGAAUGACAACCAUUCUUUGUAAAACAUUAAAUCUAUGGGCUAUUAGCUUCUCAAAGGGGUGUGGUGGAGCAGGGAGGAGGAUGGGUUCGCCGAUGCAAACGUAUGGUAAAAAUUCUUUUUCAAGACCAUUCAGUUGUGAUCGAAUUUGAUUUAUUGAAAAGUUAGGUACAAAUGUUUUGGUUUUAAGUAAUUAAAAGUAUCUAAAGGGGGACGAUUCGCUUUCAGCCUUGGCUAAAUUUAUCUCUGAUAUAUUAACUUGACCACUGAUUUUCAGUUCCACUUAGCGAGGAGCAGUUAAAUAGAGGUUAAAACGAUAAAAUAGAACGUUGCGACGUAGGUGGCUACUUGAUUGUUUUCAGGCUAGCAUGUAUUGAAGGAAGCGAUUUCCGGUAAUUGGCAAGUCAUUCGCUUGUUUAGUAAAUGUGUAGAGAGAGCUACACGGCUUAGCAACCAGCAUUUUGAAUUCAAGUCGUUAAGCUUAUAAUUACUGUAUUAAAAUAACCUACAUUUAACUGAAACAGACGAAACAUAGAACAUUGUAUGUAUUUAAAGUUACUAACACGAUAUCAAAAAUGUUGUUUCUCAGGUUUCUAAUUAUGUUACUAACUUUUGUAAGGAUUUAACUAUGUAUAUGCUAUACCAAUUGUCUUUCAGCAAACAUACCAAACGACUCCAACAAACGAUUUCAACAAACUAGUCCUUCAGCAUAUGUCAGAGUUUCUUGAUUCCUCAGAUUUGAGUAGCAACCACAGCGUGUUUGUAUUUAACCUUGGCGUUCACUUCUCAAUAUGGCUCAAUUUCACAACUUACAAAGACCUCAUAGAUAGCGUGAUAAGAAUGUUAAGGAGCAGGUUUGCUGAUGAGCACAACAAUAAACCCAUUGUUAUUUGGAAAACAACAACAUCCAUUGAAAAAGAAAAGACUCAUCCGAAGAAUUUGACUCAUUGGAGAUUCCAUACUCAUCAGGUAUAACAUGAUGCCCUCCACCAACUACCCAUUACAGUAAAACCCCGCGUAUAAGAACUUAGAUUUUAAGAAAUUGUUAGGCUAAGAUUUUCUAUUUAGACCCCUUUUACAUAAGAACCUGUUUUAAUAGAACAAGCUCAACCAGUUAGAAAAAAGAAGAUAAAACACAAUACCAUGUUUCAAUGUUGUUUUUGUUCUGUUUAACAUGCUUAGAUUUGAGGGAUUUUUAUAACAUAUGCACGUAAUACCAAAAGGCCACACCCACCAAUGACAAACGCGUUAUUUAUUUUUAAAAAUAUGAGCCUGUUAAAGAACCUGAGUAACCUAAUUUUCCAGUUAGCAACAUUUUUAUAAGAACCUUCUUAGCCUAGCUUGGAAAAACUUAAGAUCUUAUACGCGGGUUUUUACUGUAUAUGGUAUGUUUGGUCUAUACGUAUUUAAAUAAGCUGAGUAUGAUGAAAUCAGUAGGAGAGAGUUAUCUACCGAGUUAUGAAGAAUUAUUAAACUGAAUCAUUGGAUACUGCAAUUCUAGAGCUGUGACUGGCUUAGCCAUCAUGAUAUAUGAGCCAUUGUACUAUGCUCUCCCAAUAUGGUAUCUGUACGGGUCUGCUCAAAAUUAAAAACAAGCUGAGAAAAGGUUGUCUUUACAAAUAUAGUCGGGAAGAAUUCUCGAUAUCUUGUGUGCGUUUUUAAUAAAACAACUAUUCUACUCGCGCUUUUUGGAUAUUAGAUGAUUAUGGCCAACUCAUAUCCAGCGCGCACUCGUGGAAUAAUUGUUAAAAGUUUCCUUUUUUGGCUGUUGUCGCCAUAUAUCGCUAUCAUAACUGUAGCUCUAACAGUUGUUGUAACAACGGUAAAAUUCACUGUCAGCUAUUGUCAGUAUCCUUGUUAUUGUACACGGGAAAACAGUGCAAAGGUCCAGAAGGUACCAAACAAUCAUCAUUACCACAAAGUAGCAAGAAAUGCUUGAAAUAUGUUUUUCGGAAGAUGCGUGGAAUCUCAAGAUUAUUUUGGAGCGGUAGUACUCUUCUCAGUCUCUCCCUUACUGUGCAUGCGCAGAUCUUAACACGUCUAUAUUUUUUAAGUUAAAACAUUGAACAGUAAAACCAUGACUAAAAGCCGAAAUAAUCAAUCCCUUUUUUAUAACUUUUAACAGCUGGCUCAGGGCUACCAAAGCACCCUGACUCUAAUACAGCAUCUCCAAUUUAAAAGAAAAUUAACAUUCUGAAUAAGACCAACCCUCAGCAGGUUGCUCCUACUCUAUGGAUAUAGUUUUCUCCGUUGUGAUGACACAGUGUACCGGAAAAAGAAGUCCAAAAACAUGAAAACAUGUAGGGAGCAACUCGUUUCAAAGACAUAACUUCAUAUCUUUCUACCACGGCUUCAGUUUCCUUAAAGAGGUUUGCUGGUUUACUUAACUUGGGUUAGAUUCUGUAUUUAUUUCCUGUCAGUUUUCAAUUUUGUGUAUGAUUGUGCGAUUCCUUUUUCUCCUCAGAGACUGGAAUUGUUUCAUAAAUACGCGACUAACGCCAUGUGCAAGGCAGGUAUUCCUGUGUUGGAAGUGUAUCCAAUGACCGCUUCGUACCCUAAUGGCACACUAGAUCAUGUACAUUACAGUGCAAAUGCGCAGAGGGCGGCAGAGGAUCAACUGUUAUCAUUUAUUCACAAAAAAUUGAAGAAUAAACCUACUUAA